AUGCCCAAAACGUGUCUGAUCACUGGCUGCUCCGACGGGGGCAUUGGCUGUGCCCUCGCCUUCGCCUUCCAAGAGAGGGGAUACCAUGUCAUCGCGACCGCCCGGUCGCCGGCAAAGGUGCCGCAGACCCUCCACGCCGCCGACAACGUCACUGUUCUCGCACUGGAUGUCGCUAGUUCAGCGUCCAUUGUGGCCGUGGCAGAAACAGUGAAUGCGCAGACGGGGGGCAAGCUCGAUGUGCUGAUUAACAACGCCGGUCUGGGAUGCGACAUGCCGGCCUUGGAUACUUCCAUCGCCAAAGCCAGGGAGCUCUUCGACGUCAACUUCUUCGGCGCCCUCGAGAUGAUCCAGGUGUUCAGUCCGAUACUGGUCAACGCAGGGGGGUGUGUUGUCAACAAUUCAUCUGUUGGCGGCCAAUUUCCCAUCCCGUUCAUUGGCAUCUACCAAGCAACCAAGGCGGCUCUCAUCCAGGCCGGCGAGGUCUUGCGUCUUGAAAUGGCUCCUCUUGGAGUACGUGUCAUGACACUUCUCACUGGAGGGGUCGACACGAACUUUCUUGGGAAUCUGCCCCCUGUUGUUCUACCGGAGAACUCAUACUACACUGGCAUCAAGGAUAUCAUAGAGCAUCAGCCUGACCGGGUUCCCUUUGCUAUUACACCAGCGAAAUACGCAAAGGAUGUUGUCUGUCAGGUUGAAAAUGGAACCACAGGCAAGUAUUGGAUCGGGGGGGCUGCCAGUAUGGCUCGCUUCUCAUUGUGGGCUCUACCCCAAUGGAUUCUUGUAAGCUCUAUAUUUCCUCUGUGA